AUGACUACUGAUAAAAUCACUUUCCUGUUAAACUGGCAACCAGCUCCCUACCAUAUUGCAAUAUUCUUAAGUCAAACCAAAGGUUACUUUAAGGAACAAGAUUUAGAUGUGGCCAUCCUGGAACCAUCCAACCCCUCUGAUGUUACAGAAUUAAUCGGAUCUAAUAAAGUUGAUAUGGGUUUGAAAGCUAUGAUUCAUACAUUAGCUGCUAAGGCACGUGGUUAUCCUGUGACCUCUGUGGCAUCCCUUUUAGAUGAACCAUUUACUGGUAUUCUUUAUUUAAAAAAUAGUGGAAUCACUGAAAACUUCCAGUCUCUAAAAGGUAAGAAAAUUGGUUAUGUUGGCGAAUUUGGUAAGAUCCAAAUUGAUGAACUAACUAAGCAUUAUGGAAUGAAGCCUGAUGAUUAUACUGCUGUUAGAUGUGGUAUGAAUAUUGCAAAGUUCAUUGUUGAAGGAAAGAUCGACGCUGGUGUAGGUAUCGAAUGUAUGCAACAAGUUGAACUCGAGGAACAUUUGAAGCAAAAGGGUCUUCCUGUCACAGAUGCAAAGAUGUUGAGAAUUGAUAAAUUAGCAUGUCUUGGUUGUUGUUGUUUCUGUACAAUUCUUUACAUUUGUAAUGACAAGUUUUUAAAGGAAAACCCUGAAAAGGUAAGAAAAUUCCUAGUUGCUAUUAAGAAAGCCACCGAUUAUGUUUUAAGCGAUCCUGUUACUGCUUGGAAGGAAUAUGUUAAUUUCAAGCCCCAAUUGGAUAAUGAAUUAUCGUAUAAACAAUUCCAAAGAUGUUACGCAUAUUUCUCUGAAUCUUUAUUCAAUGUUCAUCGUGACUGGAAAAAAGUUACAGCUUACGGUAAAAGACUAGCUAUCUUACCACCGAAUUAUGAAGCGAACUAUACUAACGAAUUUCUGUCUUGGGUUGAACCAGAGGAAGUCUCAGAUCCUUUGGAGGCUCAGAGAUUGAUGGCUAUUCAUCAAGAUAGGUGCAGAAAAGAAGCUACAUUCAGAAGAUUGGUUCUACCAGCAUGA